CCCGGGAAAAUUACUGCCACGGACUGCCCACAAAUCUUUUCAUACUUUCGUGGACAGCCCCUACUUUCACGGACACCACAUCAACCUUUCGCUUCUCCCGUGGACUCCGUCCCUACUUUCAUGGACAUCCGCCUUACUUCCAUGGACAAGGUCGAAAUAGCAGGAAAUAGGCGAAAACUCAACUAUAGGGAAAGAGAGUUACGAUGUGGGGGGGGAGGUGGGGGAGAGAGAGAGAGAGGGGGAGAGGAAGAGAGAGAGAGAGAGCGAGAGAGAGAGAGAGAGAGAGAGAGAGAGAGAGAGAGAGAGAGAGAGAGAGAGAGAGAGAGAGAGGUUGAGGGAGAGAGAAAGAGAGAGAGAGCGAGAGGGAGAGUGUGUGUGAGAGAGAGAGUGCAAGAUUGAGAGAGAGAAAGAGAGAGAGAGAG